CAAGAUUCUAUUUUACGCGAGGAACCGUUUUCGUUUUCCUCCCAAUAUUAUUCUGUAUAUAUCCCUAUAAAUAAGCUGUUUUUUGUAUUUUUCUCCUCUCAUUUUCUGUCAUGCUUAUCUUCCAACUGUAAGUGUGAACCUAUUUUCUCACUCUUCAUAAAUCAAUCUUCAAAUUAAAAGCUAAUCAAUUUAACAGACAAAAAUAAUGGCAUCAAAUUUUCCACAAUUGAGUUUAGAAUUGAGCCUGCCAAAUUCUUCCGACGUUUUAACCCGAUUUUUAGUCGCCGGUAUAUCGGAUUUGGGUGAACUUUCCAAGCUUAAUGGUUUUAUUGUCUGCCUCGAAGAUGAGCUUAAGAAGAUUCAGGCAUUUCACCGUGAACUUCCCCUCUCUUCCGUUAUCCUAAACGAUGCAAUUAGCAAAUUGAAAGAGGUUGCGAAGAAAAGUGAGGAAAAACAAUUUGAGAAGAAGACAUGGAUGAGCACUGCUCAGCUAUGGAGUUCGGCAACAGAAGGAGGCGGCGACUAUGAGCCGCAUAAAAAUGAGGGGAAAGAGGCAAUUUUGUCUUUUGAAAAAAAAGUUAGGGAAGAUGUCACGGGACUCUCGUUGGUACCUCCCGGUCUGAACACUCCUACUGAAGUGGUUGAACCCGGUUCAGCCAAACUUCGAACCGGCGGAAUAUUUUCCGGAUCAGUUUUUGCUAAACCAGCAAUCAAACCGUCGUAUCAGACGACUAGAAAACGACGUCGGUGUUGGUCGCCGGAGCUUCAUCGGCGAUUUGUAGAUGCCCUUGAAAGCCUUGGUGGGGCCCAAGUGGCUACUCCUAAACAAAUAAAGGAGCUUAUGAAAGUGGAUGGGCUCACUAAUGAUGAAGUUAAAAGCCAUUUACAGAAGUAUAGGCUUCAUGUCCGAAAGCUUCCAGCUGCUAGCAUCACCAAUCAAUUGACAACUGACGUAGGAAUUGACUGUGGAGAUCAGCUUGAAUUAGGCUGCUUGACAACGGACCUCCAGCAUUCAGGUUCACCAAAAGGCCCACUUCACUUGGGGGAGUCAAGGAAAUGCAACUCUUCUAGCGUGGAAGAGGAUGAAGAGGAGAAAUCUGAUGGCCAGAGUUGGAAGGUUCAGCAUCAUAUAUAGAUAUCACGAGAGAAUUGACAUACAUUAAUUUAUAGGUGAGUGCUAAUCAUACACACCUUUGGAACUAGGGUGGGUAUACUUGGUAUAAUGUAGUAUGUAUAAUGUACUGGAAUAGUGGAAUGCAGAGGUUUGACAUGCUGCAUCGAAUACUAUUGAAUGUAACGAAGGGAGAUGCUGGGAAGUGGGAACUGCUAUGCUCUCCAUUUGGCAUUUGCCCUCAUUCGGGGCUUUAGUGAGGAGGGAAGAGGCCCUAACAAAUUUUGCAGCGAGAUUUAGGAAUAUCUCUUUUUUCCUAUUGUUUGUACUGAUGUUGAGUUAUAUAAUAACAUUGUGCCUCUGCCUCUUUGUUACAUUUACUUGAGAUGCUGAUGUGCUUAACUUCACUGUAUGUACAAGCGAAAUGUGCAAUUGCAUUUUUGUUAUUGGUAAUUUUUCAGUCACCAAGCAUUCGAUGAGCUUUUGAUCUCUGCUGGUCUAUCACAGCCAUCACAGAAAUUAUCACCCACUUAUAUGAUUUUAUCCUUGACUACCUGAGAACAAAGUUAGUUCUGGAAAGGUUUCUUAGUGGACAAUUACAUGGUUCUCUUUGUUUGAUCAACAGAAUGCAACCGUUGUGUAGAACAUGUUCUGAAACGAUUUGUAGCUAAACUGUACUGCAUAAUGCAGAAAUAGUACAGUUGCCCGUGAUAGAGAUCUUAAAACAAAGCAGUACGUACGUAAUUAGAGAGUUGAUGUGAAGUGUAGAACUAUUCUGUGCAGUGGCGUACGUGGCGUGGCACGAGGGAGGAGACAGUGGAUAGUCUAUUCAGGAAGCAAUAUUGUGUGGUAAUAAUUCAGUUGGAGAAAUAUGGAAGGUUGAGAAUCAUCUGAAAUUCAAUGGGUAAUAUAUUCUUUGAGAGUUUUGGCUAUUUUGAAGAUAUUUGCUGUCUAUGAUUAAUAAUUCUACGGGUAUAAAAAAACAGGACCCAUUCAUGCAUCUUAUUGUCUUGUUGUUUUCAUAGUGUUAAAGUGAAUGAUGAAAUAAAUCUUCAAGAGUUUGUAACUAAUGGAACUAUGUAUUAUGAUAUGGACUCUGGAGGAGGAUGAAUAUUUCAGCUUCCUACAUACGGUGUACUAGAGGUGGAGUUAUGACUUGCUGACUUGUGACUUGUACUAUCCUUCCUAUGCAAUGGAAUAUUAAUAAUUUUGAAAGAGACAAAAUCAAAUAAAGUAAUCGAGAUAAUCAUUAGUGGGACGACUUGCAUAUUUGGGUUUGUGUUUUUAAAGACUAGGCUAGAAAAUGAGUUUUAUAAAUGAAAUUAUAUUACA